UGCAUGCUUUCUGCAGCACAGCAGUACAGUGAGCUGUGUCCUGACUACACCCCAGGACAGAUGCCAAUUUCACACUCCCAUAAAACAACCACCUUCUUGUCUUUCUACGUUAAAACCCUCGCUUUUUUUUUUUUUUUUAGUGCUGCUUUCCAAGUAGCAAAAAAAGUUGCUCACGAUGGAUUCUAAGCGAGAUAAAGAGCAAGAUGCAGACGUGGAGAAGAUAACCGCUGUGCUGCUCAAGUCACGUACAGGAGAGUUUGAUUUGGAGUCGAUACUGUUUCUUAAAUUGAGAGGUCUUGGAAUACAUGACCUUGGAUGCAUCGGGGAGUGUAUGAAUUUAGAGAGACUGGACCUCUCUGGAAAUAACGUCUCAAAUUUAGCUCCUCUAGCAUCUCUUCGGCUUCUGUUUGUGCUCAAUUUGUCUGCCAACAGGAUUUCCAAUUUAGAGCCCCUGCGCAGUUGUGAGAGUUUACAGAACUUAAAUGUGGCUGGUAAUAUCAUCUCAAGCAUCGAAAACCUUCACUGCCUUCAGUCUUUGAGGAAACUAGAAAAUAUACGUUUUAAAGACAACACUUACAAUUACUCUAAUCCAAUUUGCAGGAACUCGUCAUAUAGAAACAUAGUUCUGGAGAUGUUCCCCAACAUCAAGGUGCUGGAUGGUGAAAGAGUUGUCGGACGUGGGAGUGACUUGUACCAACUAUGCAAAGACAUUGAUGAGACCAUCAGAGCUGGAUUAUACAAAAACGGACAACUCGUUGAACACUCUGAUUGCAAACCGUGGGUGGAAGACAGUUACUGGGACAUAAAGCGGUCAAACAAUGCCAUCAUUGAUGAAGCCUACAAACAGUUUAAUGAAGUUCUUCAUGAAUGCAGACUCCUCAACAACAGAGCCACGCAUGUUAUUUCACAAACGGAAAGAUCCAUGAGUCUGAAGAAGCAGCCCAAACAAUACGCCAUAUGAGUGGGAAUAUUUUGGACACAUUUGUGCAACAUUUAGCAUCUUUUUGUUGUAUGAAGACCCAUGCCUAAUGUACUGUAGGUGUUUUCAAAUUGCUAAGCUAUAUCCAAAUGCUUGAUAAGUAUAAUUGCCAGAUACAUGUGCUGCAGUGUGAGGCAUUUGUUGAAUUUCUAUUACAUCCUAUGCAUUGGAUGACGAUAUACAGUAUGUAAGUGGUUUGAAAACCGUUCUCCAUUCUGACACUCUUCAGUUUGGUUGAAAGAUGUCUUUACUUGCACAGUGUGCAUUUUGUACCAUGUUGUAGCCUGCAUUUAUGCUCAGAGCUAUGCUGCUAAAGAAUUUCUAUAAGUUUUAAGUAAUUAAGAGCUUUUUCCAUUUUGCAUUGUUAGAUAAUUUGGGGAGUUAAUGUGCCCCAUGCUGUAUGGUUUCUUUGUAAGUUGAACUUUUGCAAAAUGCAAUCAAGUGAUUGUUUUAGCUGUUUCUACUUGUUUUAUAUCAUAAAGUUUAUUAUGUGUAUAAUCA